CUUUGUUUCUUUCUUCUCAUCUCAUCCCAUCCCAUUCACCUCUCUUCCUUUCCUUUUACAAGCGUCAAAGACGCCUUGUCGACGCCGUCGUCUCCCCUCUCAAGCGACUCAACGUGUGAUCCCCCACGUUGUGCCCUGACUGUGAGUCUGUCCUCGAGAGGUGGUCAGGCGACAGAGGUCAAUUGGAGCUGACUCGAUCAUUCUCCAAAUAGGUGGUUCAGAUAUCCCUUGAGACGACGGUCGAUCUCGCGAGAAGAAUCAUCUAUUCUCCUUCCUCUCGUCUUUUUAUCGAUGACUGCUACUCUUACCCAAUCCUUCAACGAGGUUCGACCAUCUACCAAGUGGUCGAACACGAUUCCUCAACAUGUUCCCGCCUCUAAUAUAAGCGGUGCAAAUAACCUGAUCCACGUUUUGGAUCCUCAUGCUGCCAUCCCGUAUGUUCCAGCUCACAACCUUCCAACACCUCCGGCCACAUCGCCGAUCAGGGUGAUUGACAAGGACUCGCCUGCAUUUGUCAACGUGGUUGAUACGCCCGUUCACGAUCUCCUCCGACAAGUGGUUCAAGAACGAAAUAUUGGUGAUUUGUCAGGAUCAGGCGAUGAGUCUGCCUUUUUCGCCUGUGACUUAUCUGCGAUCUAUCAAGCGGUGCAGAUGUGGAGACAGUCCGCCAUUGGCGAACGCGUGGAAAUCUUUUACGCUGUGAAAUGUAAUCCAUCGCCUCCAGUCCUUCACCUCCUCUCCCUGCUCGGCACGUCAUUCGACUGUGCCUCGACAGCCGAGAUCAAUCAAGUCUUGUCACUGCCCACAGCUCCGUCGCCCGACAGGAUCAUCUUUGCGAAUCCAUGCAAGCCCGCUUCAUUCAUUCGAUCAGCAGCAGACUCUGGGGUUCAUAUGAUGACGUUCGAUAAUGCCGACGAGCUGUACAAGGUCAAACGGUCUUUCCCCGAUGCCAAGCUUGUGCUUCGGAUCCUGACAGACGAUUCCAAGUCGCUCUGCCGAUUGGGCCUCAAAUUUGGAGCACCACUCGACACCUGUCCUGGUCUACUGGCUCUCGCUGUUCAGCUUGGACUCAACGUCAUCGGCGUCUCGUUCCAUGUUGGAAGCGGGUGCAAAGAUCCCAACCAAUUCGCGGAUGCCAUUUGGAGAGCCAAAAAGGUCUUUGACAUGGGAAAGGCUGUUGGAUACGAUUUCAAAUUCCUCGAUGUGGGAGGCGGGUUUGAGCGAGAGACCUUUGCAGAGAUGAGCCAAGUUGUCAGUGACAGUUUGGACGUCUAUUUCCCCAAACACAGCGGAGUCAGGGUCAUUGCGGAACCAGGCAGAUUGCUUGUAUCGAGUGCUUUCACUCUCGCCACGAACAUCAUCGCUCGUCGGCUGGCCCUGCCUUCCGGUGAGGCUACUCCGAAGGAUGACCACGAAGGGGCAGACGUGAUGUAUUACAUCAACGAUGGAGUUUACGGCUCGUUCAACUGCAUCAUGUUCGAUCAUCAAAUCGUCCACCCACACCCACUCACCAUCUCUCAUGAGAUUACCAAGUGUUCACCCUCCUUCCCUCCUCCACCUAACAUCCAUCUGCCCGUUGAUCUGCCCGUUCAGUUGGGCUACAAAGACACUGAAGCGGCCAGUGUUUGGGGACCCACUUGCGAUUCGAUCGAUUGUGUCAGGCAGCUUGUCCAAUUGCCUAAGGGUCUCCAAGUUGGCGAUUGGAUCGCUUGGUCUGAGAUGGGAGCAUAUACCCUCUGCGCCGCCAGUACCUUCAAUGGCUUCAACCGAUCCCCUGUCUUAUGGACAACAGGCGGAGACCAUCCUCACGCUAUUGCCGUUCGCGCCACGCUCGAUUCGUUCAAUGGUCCCGAGAGAUGACAUCGACUACUCCCACUACUAAGUCGAAAGAAAUACAUCGAAAAAAGGGCAGAUACUCUGCCCCGACGCAAACAUGGAUAUCAAUCGUUUGUCAUUCUAUCUUGUAACAUGAUCACGAU